AUGGCCCUGUACCAAUUUGAAAAGUUGCGGCCCGUUGGCCGACUGGAGCAGUACUCAACAGCCCGUCAUCAGGCUGGGUUUUAUCUGAACGUCGCAGUGACAGCUACAUAUGUCCUGCCAAACAGUUUCAAGCUGUCGGUGAAGGACUAUGUAUACCGAGCCUGUGAGACUUUGAUUGCAGAACAUCCGGUACUAUCCGCUAUCCCAGCAGCUGAUGAUACGCAAGAGCCAUACUUUGUACGACUACCGCAGAUCGACCUAGACCAAACGGUCUCUUUCGAGCAACGCAAGACUAGCUCUUCCUUGACAGAGUCCACUGAUGGAGAGCCCAGUGCGGAUCUCGAACUGCAGGCCUUGCUAGAAAGAGAGCACAACACCCCGUUCAAAGCGCCAAACACUUAUUGGAGACUCUGCGUCCUUACUGACCCCAUUGACGCAAGACGAUUCACGGCAGUCUUUGUGUAUCAUCAUGCCCUCGGUGAUGGCACUUCGGGCAAAGCUCUCCACCAAACCUUCCUGCGAGCGCUGGACUCUGCUGAUAGCGACAACCGAGAAACCAAGUCCAUCAUCCAGCCACCCGCAAAACCCUUGCUCCCCAACAUCGAGCAAAUCCAUCCGAUGCCACUCUCAUUUCUAUUCCUUGCCAAGAAGAUCUUCCAAGAAAAGAUCUACUCCCGUAGAGACCCUGGCCUCUGGAGUGGAGGCAAUAUCCGAACAGAAGGGCAGACCCACAUCCGCCUAGUCCCAUUCUCCAAGUCCCUAGUGACGUCGCUUCGGAAGGUCUGUCGCCAGGAAAACACGAGUAUCACAGCUCUCCUGCAUACAGCCUUGGCGCGCUCCCUCUUCGCCAAUCUCCCUCCCCGGUACACCAUUCUUAACUGCACGGGCGCUAUCUCCUGUCGCCGCUGGUUACCCGACAUCAUCACUGACGAAGUGAUGGGCGUCUACGUGAAUGAUUUCGAUGAAUCAUAUACCCGCAGUACCAUCAUGUCUGAAAACAUACACACCUUCCCAUGGGCCGAAGCCCGACGUUCAAAGCAAGGACUCGAAGCUGCUAUCCAGCGCCAAGGUAGCGAUACAGGUCCCAACCUGUUAAAGUUUGUAAACGAUUUCCAGCAGGAGCUGUGUCUGUCGAAGGUUGGCUCCGAGCGCUACAAGAGCUAUGAGAUUUCGAACGUUGGCGUCGUUUUGUGCGAGGCUGUGCCUGAGAAGCCGCGGAUUGAGGGUAUGGUGUUUUCGCAGUGUGCGAGUGUUAUUGGGAAUGCCAUUGAGGUGUCUGUUAUUACAGGCGGUGAUGGAUGUAUGGUGCUGGCGGUUACAUGGCAGGAUGGAGUUGUUGAGGAGAAUUUGAUUCAGGGCGCUAUUGCGUUUUUGAAGGACGAGUUCAAAGGGUUGGCUAAGUUGAAGUAA